AUGGAAUUUAAUAAUUUAUUUUAUACUUAAUAUGAUAAUGAAUAUACAUAUUUAACAAAAUUGUUGCCAGACCUAUUGAAAUAUAUGAAAUUUAUAGAUCAAUGGUUGCAUCUGAUUUUCAAAUUAUUUUCAUCACCUUAGUAUUGUUGAUGAAAUAUUUAAAGAUACCAUAUAUAAAUAAUAUUAUAUAGUACAUAAGAAAUAUUAAUACCAUUUAUAUAGAUGAUAAUAACUUCAAGACACUAUUAUUAUAAUUUCAACGUAGAUAUAUCUUAAUAAAUCUUCUAAUUAUUAAAUCAGCACUUAGAAUAAAAGAAUUAGAUCAUAGUAAAUAUCAAUUUCUCAAUAAACUAUAAAUAAUUUCUAUUAAAAAUAUUAAUAAAUAAGAUUUAGAUUUUUGUAUUUGGUGAGGAAAUUCGAUAUUAAUUUGAUAUAACUAGUUGUUGUGUACUUAGAAUACAUUUAAAAAAACAUAUUGUAAAACCUUUAUAGCAUGAGCAGGAUUUUUACUCAUAAAUUUAAUCAAUAUUCUUUAUGAAGGGAUAGGUCAAGUGA